CGCACGGAUCUCAAAGAAUACAAAUACAGAUACAAUACAGAUUACAAGAGAUUGACACAACACACUAAGUACUAACAGUGUUGAAAAUAAUGAAACACAAGAAAACCCUUCAGAUUUUAGAUUCCCAAAAAUCCCAUAUGCGACCACCGUUGCCCCGUCACACACAACAGCCGUCUCCGGCCAUGGCGUCACAUUCACCGCUUUCAACCACCGUCGCCCGUAAAAGAUCCAAAACUCAGAGCGAAGAGGCCUUGAAUCCUAGUUUUGCUGAUCUUCCGUCAAGUCUCUUGGAAGUAAUAAUGUCUCAACUUGUGUUAAAAGACAACAUCCGUGCAUCUGCUGCUUGCAAGUCAUGGCUUGAAGCCGGAGUUUCUGUUCGUGUAGUGGAAAAACAUCCUUGGCUUCUGUGUUUUUCUAAACAUGGCAGCUUGAUUAAACUCAGGGAUCCAUUGCAAUGGAAGUCGUACACUCUUGAUCUUCCCGAGCUAGCUAAAUCGACUGUGUGUUACUCAAGAGACGGAUGGUUACUUAUGCACAGAUCCAGCUCAAGCGACAUCUUCUUCUUCAACCCGUUCUCUCGAGAGCUCAUAAGCUUGCCCAAGCUUGAUCUAUCUUUUGAGGAGAUUGCUUUCUCUUGCUCUCCUACAAUGGAUAGUUGCGUUGUGAUAGCUUUAAACUUUGUUGUGGAUAAUACUGCAACUGCUGUCACUGCCAGCACUUGCUCCCCUGGAGCAACCGAGUGGAUCACUGAGGACUUCCCUACUCGCAUUCGAGGGGAUCUCAUGCAGAGCAAGCUUGUCUAUCUAAAGAAUCGAUUCUUUUGCUUUAACGCAGCAAGAGGCGUGUUGUGUUCCUUCAAGCCAUCGUCACGCAAAUGGAGGCUUCAUCCUUUUGCAUAUAUCGAUUCUGAUCAUCAAUGGAAUGGGUACGAGAAAGCAGGUUUUUUGGCAGAGAAGAAUGGAGAGCUCUUUCUCAUGUUUACAAGCGGUAACGAGAAGCCAAGGGUUUAUAAGUUUUCGACUUUGGUAUGGCAAGAGAUGAGUAUUACUGAUCUUGAUGGCUUGACAAUCUUUGUCAGUUUUCAUAACUCUGAGUUGAGAAGUAAUCUCCCAUGGAUGAGGAACAAUGUCUAUUUCUCAAGGUCAGGUUACAAUCGCAAGCGUUGUGUCUCAUACUCGUUUGAUGAAAGCAGGUACGAUCCGUGUAAGGAGUGGCAGAACUGGUCAGAACUUUGUCCUCCUCAAACCCUCUGGAUCGAUCCGCCGAAUAAUGUUUUAGACUAUUUGUGAGAGAGAUUUGUAUGAAAAACUGAUGUAACUCUGUUUUUGUUUACCAGAACCGAUUUAGGCUUGCAUAAAAGUCGUCUUCUUCUUCUUCUUCAAUAGACUUUUCUUUUUCAGGACAAUGUUUAUUUAAAUUGAAUUUGAUAAAGAGGAACAGAGGUUAAGAAUCUCGAUUAUAUCAAAUAGAUGAAAGAGGAAAAACUAACAUACUGUUUUGAAGAUUCCAAUUACACAACUUUAAACAAAACAAAACAAAACAAAAAGACCUAGAGCGACUUGUUCUACUGUUAAGACCGGAAGUGUUUCUCCACCGCCUCAUUUCUUGCCGGAGCCACCGCAAGAUUCAACGUCACGGGGAAACCUACGGACAAUAACAUCAAUCCCUACUCUUAUCCUCUGAAGCUCAGGUGAAUCAGACAUGGCCUCGCGUUUCUUCAGAUCCAAGAAAUCAAUAGUUAAUGUAUGAACGAUAUCCCUGUAAGAAGGGACUUGGAUCUUCUCGAGAAUCUGAUAGACCGUGGCUUGUAUCUGAUCCCUAUCGCCACCGAUGAGCCAAUCUCUACCGAACUCGUGGGUUUGAUGAACGAUUCGAGUUUCUAAAUCGCCGAGAUCUUCGUCUUCGUCUGAAUCUGAAUCUGGUUCAGGGGCUCGCCUGUAAACUAACUCGAAAUCGAACAACAAGUUCGGUUUUUUGCGUAGUAGAUUGUUGUCGUGAUUGAUGUGUUGUUUGUCGCUGUAGACUAGGUCGAACGAGAUGAAGGUGUCUGGUUCGUUAUCGGCGUACAAAAACAAAACCAUGAUUAAACUUGUUGUAAAAGAUUGAUGGGUAAUUAGAGACUUAUGAAAGAUAGUGAACCUAUUUUUUUUUUUUUUUUUU